AUGACUUGGUUGAACGCCGCGGCGUGCAUUUGUGGAAUUCUUCUGCUGAUUAUUUGCAUCAUCACAAAGUCUGAAGGCGAGAGGUUUAAGAUUCCCGGAGAGGAAAUGGACCCUAGCAGUACAAAACUGGUAUAUCCCAAAAGACUUUUGAGAAAUGGUGAUACCAGAGAAUGCGUAUCUACUAAAGAGAACGAAGAUCACAUGAGGGAGGUGAGCUUCGUCAUCCCAUCACACAGUGGUGAGCACAUUGUUGAUCUGCAUCAAAACAAGGAACUUGUACCUCGUUCGUUUAUGAUUAGAUCCUUUGAGAAGGACGGUACACCCGUGAUGAAAACGUUAAGGCCGGAAAACUGCCAUUACCAUGGGAAAAUCCGAGGCAACGAAGAAUCCAUCGCCGUAAUCAGCACUUGUACUGGAUUAAGUCAGGCAGAGCACACAAGAUUUACCGAACAAAGCCCCGCAGUACGGAGGACAAAGUUUAUUGCAGUUCGUCGUGGAAUUGACGAAUUCUAUCGUCCUUAUUUCACUACGGCGGAGACCAGAUACACAGAGCUUAUGAUAGCCGUGGACAAAAAUUUGUACAAUUACUUUGGAAACGAAGAGGAAGAAGUAACCAACCGUAUGAUAACUUUAGUAAAUGCUGUGGAUAAAAUUUAUAGCAAAAUAAACAUCAGAGUGGUGUUGGUUGCACUGGAAUUCUGGAACAAUGGAGACAAAAUAGACAGAAAUGAAACAGCUUCGGUGUACUAUGACAGAUUCGCAAAAUAUCGAAAGAACACGCUGAAGAAAACCUUCCCUGAUCAUGAUAAUGCACAGUUAAUGUGCAACAACAGCUGGACUGACGCAGCAGGAAUGGCCGCGCUAUAUGGCAUGUGCACUGAUGAUUCUUCAGGAAUAGUUGCGUGGGACCAUUAUAUCUCCGUGGGACCUUGGAUAGCCUCAGCCCAUGAGAUGGGACAUAACUUUGGUAUGGAACACGAUGAAGAAAUUGGUGGAUGUACUUGUCUGACCCCUAGAGGUUGUAUCAUGGGAGGACACAAGACUCGCGUUGCAGGAUUCUCAGACUGCAGUAUGAAAAGUCUCGCAAAGCUGAACGACUUCUGUUUGUACGAUCGUCCACAAGCGGAAAUACGACCGAGAUGUGGAAAUGGACUUGUGGAACAAGGAGAGGAAUGUGAUUGUGGAACCGAAGAGGAUUGCCUGGAGUUGGAUCCGUGUUGUCAACCAAAAGGCUGUAAACUUAAGCCGGGCUCACAGUGCAGUGUACUAAAUCACGCUUGCUGUCAAGAUUGUGUGUUUAAACCACACGGAAUCCUGUGUCGACCGAGUGAAGGUGAUUGUGAUGUACCAGAGUAUUGCCCGGGAGAUAAUGGAGACUGCCCGGAGGAUUCAUUUAUUCAUGACGGAUAUCCAUGCCGCAGUAUAGGACAGCUUCUUGUUGGACCCACGACUUAUGGUCAAACUAAAAAUGUUGUGCUUAAUCCACCAAUUGAGACGCAGUACUUAAGAAUAAAUCCCCAGUACUGGAGCUACUCAAGAAUGUGCCUUAAGGCAGAAUUCUACGGCUGCUCAGGAGAACAAGCUCAACCCGCUGCGCCUACGCCUCUCCUUCAAGCGAGCGGAAUGUGCAUUAAGCCGCAGCGAGGAAACUGUCGGCCACAGGAUGGCACUAUUCUUGUCCUUACUCAAAGAAAACCUUGCGAUCAGCCUUUUAUGCAGUUCUCCCUAUCGGCGGAUGGUACCCUUAAACAUCACUGCAGCGGCAGACCAGUGUGUCCUCGUAAGCCAGCUCGUGGUAAAAAUUGUGAACUCAUGAUCAGCAGCAAAUGUCAGCCACAGGACUCUAAAUUUGAAAGAACUGCUGCUCAUUCCUUAAGACACAAACCAACUGGAAUGUGUGUUCAUCUGUAUGGUGGUAACCCUCGAGAGGGAGUGGAGGUUUGCUUGUGGCAAGGGUGUGACGAAGAUCGUACCAAAGUCACGUUCAUGAAGCAAGAUUGUGUCCUUUCCCUUGGUAUGUCAACUGGUAUCAUUGCAGAUAAACAAAUAACUGCCUCAUCUACACUCAGCGAUGAGUGGCUGCCUAAAUACGCUCGUCUCAAUGGACCUAAGGCUUGGUGUGGUAAACCGAAUGACAAAAGUGAUAAAGACGAGUAUCUACAGAUCGACCUUGGGAAAGUUCAGAUGAUUACAAGAGUCACCAUGCAAGGAUAUGAAUGGGAUCUUGUUGAAGGGUUUUAUCUUUGGUACAGUGAAGAUGGAAAAAUGUGGACAGUUUAUAGCGAAGGUGGAGAUGAGCAGGAAGCCGAUGAAAAUGUGCCGACUCACUGGAUACUCAAUGUUCUGAUCUGUGGGGCGGAACUGCCCGCUCAGCUGAAAAGGCAUGCUGGGAUAAAUACAACUCACGGAGAACGCAGUACGGGACAUGUGACGCCACAAGGCCCCGCCCCUGUGCGAAAAGGUCCAGUAUGGAAAAUACUAGAUGUAAAAAUGUUUGAGGGGUGCGAUGUUAUGUGUGGACAAAUUCAGUGCACAGACAGCUUUCGACAAAUACCAGAUGUGGAUUAUGGCUCUGGUUAUAAAAGGAUUCCUCUUCCUUCUGGGGCUCAAUGCAGCGUUGCGUCCCUGAAUUAUCAAAGUGAUUUUAUCGGGCUGGGAAUGGUAAAAGAAGGAACUAAAUGUGGAGCAAACAAGAUUUGUCAGGAGAAUAGAUGCCAGUCAAUCCAGAGAAAAAAAUGUGAAAUGGUUGAUGGAAAAGAAUGUGCCGGUCGAGGAUUUUGUACCAAUGAUGGCCAAUGCGCUUGUGAAAACGGGUUUGAUCCGGCGUCCACUUGCAGCAAAGUUGGUACUGCACGUGAUGGCAACUGGGGGGCUUGGUCAAGCUGGACAAACUGCUCGCGAGCCUGUAACGGUGGAACACGUUUACGUUAUCGAUUUUGUGACAGUCCGUCCCCUUUGUAUGGAGGAAAGAUCUGUGAAGGAGAAAGACUUCUGGAAGAGGCUUGCAACGAGGAACCCUGUCCUCAGGCUCAUUCCUGCCGCCAUUUGCAAACCAUCGGUAAAAGACUUAACAAGCCCUACGCUGAUGGCGUUUAUGAAAUAAAUCCAGAUGGGAAGGGUAUUGUCAAAACCAUAUGUGAUAUGACGCGUGAUGGUGGUGGAUGGACGCUAUUGAUUACCAGCUACACCAACAAGUGGACCAGGCAGAAUGUCUUACAAAAUAAUGAAAUGGAUCCAAAACUUAAAGACGAUUACUCUAUCCUGUUUAAGGCAGAUGACAUCAAAAAUAGUGGAAACGUAAAGGGUUCCACCUUUGAAUAUCGCUUAGAAGCUGAUAGUCCAGGAAGAUGGGGUGGAAUUUGGAAGGCACCACGUAGCUACAGUUUUGUCAAAAUUGAUAACAGUCAGACUGGAGUCCGGUUAACUAAGAAGUUUGACGAGUGGGGUUAUUCGUGGUACGGUUUGAAGAAAAGGAUGCCUUGGCUGUACGGCGAGAGGCUAACUACUGCUGGUGAACCAAAGAGAAAUGAAUUUGGUUCUAUUACAGCCUCUAUGAAGAAAUAUCACCCAGCUCCAUGGAUAUUUGGCAAAGACAAAGAACAAUGUCCGACCUACAUCUGGUACUGGAUGAGAGAAGGAGAGUACGGUCCUCCGAGAUCCUGCAUGGAGGUCAUGACUCGUAGCAUUGGGAAGGAGGGAGCUUCAGAUGGUUUCUACAAUAUUCAGCCAGUGGACAAACCAGUCUCAACAUAUUGCGACAUGACACGUAAUGGCGGAGGCUGGACCUUACUCCUUACCAGCGCUUCUCGUCAAGGAUGGAAUGCAAAGAACGUUCUGGAAAGGAAUAGGCAAAAUCCAUCGCUUAAAACAGAUUUUUCGAUUCUUGGGCAAGCUGAUAAUAUUCUUGGAAAGGAAAAAUUUCAGUACCGACUCGAGGCCGAUGGUGACGACAUGUUUGGAGGAAUUUGGGAGACUGUAAGAGGCUACUCUAUGACGUCAUCCUCUGAUACUCAAACAAACAUACGACUGCUAAAGAAGUUUGGAAUGUGGGAUGAGACAGAAAAUUUGAACAAGCGCGUUCCUCGUCUCGAGGCCGGUGGAAAAUACUUAUAUACGACUGGCUCAGCGAGAGAUAACUCGGGCGUAAUAGUGACCUCAGCGAAUGAUGCCAUCUAUAUAAACAGCGAGAAACCCAAACCGAAGGUCAUACGGGUAUGGAUACGAGAGGGAACCAGACGCUCGUGCAACCAAGUCAAGGUUUACGGCACGCAGCUUGGCAUCACAUACGACGACGGAGUUUACAUGAUUAAAAAGGAUGACGUCGAUUACUUGCCUGUCUUUUGCGACAUGACAUCAGACCUUGGGGCUUAUACUCUACUAGUCACCAGUGCCUCGAAUAACUGGAAUGCCAAAGAUGUGACGUUUCGAAAUGUGGAGAAACCGUCGCUAGGCAACGACUAUUCUAUUCUAGGAUUGGCAGAUAAUAUAAAAGAUAUCAGUGCAGCCAAGUCUUUCAAGUAUCGGCUGGAAGCUAAUUCACCAGGAACCUGGGGUGGAAUUUGGGAAGCGCCUAUAGAGUACACAUUCCUGAAAACCGAUAACACUCAAACCAAUGUCAACCUGGUGAAAAAGUUCAACCAAUGGGAAUACAGCGACGAUGGCGUUCAGAAGCGCAUGCCCUGGAUGGCUGGAACAUUUGGGUUACUGACCACUGCGACUGUGGGUGACUGGUAUCCUCGUGGAACUAUCAUCACAGACAGGAGAGAGGGAAAGCCAGCUAACUGGAUAUAUCCGGGGAUGUUUGAUCCAGGGGUUAUAUGGUAUUGGAUAAAUGAAGAUGAUUGCGACCAGAGUAGGAAACCUGUUGAUGGUGGUGUAUCAGGGUGGGGUGAGUGGAGUCGUUGUGACAAGCUCUGCCAGCCGGGUAGAAUGACCAGACAAAAGAAGUGUGACAAUCCCAAACCCAAGUGUGGCGGCAAACAGUGUGACCUGAAAAUUCUGCAGAAGGAAACCAAGGAGUGUAAUUACUGUCCAGAAAGUCCCAUCCGGGCGGUGGACAAAUUUUGUGUCCAGCCUCAGCGAUCAAGCUGCCAGAUACCCGACGGAACUAAGCUGGUUUACAAAUCCUCUGCUGAAUGCUCGAAAGAAUAUCAGAAGUUCAUUUACGAUGAUGGUAUUCUGAUGCACAAAUGUAGCAAAAAAUAUGUUUGUCCGAGAGGAGGUCGUGUCGACUUUGGCGCCGAACUUGUAAUCGUGAGUUCAACUGGCAACUGUGAUCCAGAAGAUGCCAGAUUUGAAAGGACACCUGGGAUGUCCCUCAUGCACAUAAGAAGUGGUCUGUGCGUUCACCCCAAAGGGGGAAGACCCUCUGAAGGAGUGCCGCUUGUUUAUUACGAAGGAUGUGAUCAACCAAGGCUUAAACUGGAUCUCUAUCAACUAAAGGAUUGAUUUAAAGUGACUGGAGACCCAUUCACUCAGACGAGGGCUGACGCUCGAAACGUCCGCUAUGAAACUCUUUACCGUGGCAAAUUUACAUUAUCAACUCGAUUGAUGAAACCGAAUACAUCUUGGUUAGAAAAGAGUUGGGUUCAGCUCGUACGGAGCACGCGUCAGAUUUUACGACAAAUAAUUUUCAGUAAACUUGGAUGGAAAUGAGAAUCCUUCUGAGAAA